AUGGCGAGGAAGCUCAGUGUGUUGGAGGUCAUUCUGAUCAUCUUCUUCCUGAUUGUAUUGUCUGUGGACAUCUUCUUGCUGUUCCUGGUGCUGGAGAAACCUUCAGACACUUCAUUCACUCCACAGUGCCUGGCGAUCCCCGAAUCCGAGAGGAUAGACUGUGCGCCUGGCCAGAUCGUGACAGAGGAAGACUGCAGGUGGCGAUAUAAGUGCUGCUGGAAGCCUACAGCGGACCUCAAUGUCCCCCGGUGCUUCUUCCCCAGGAACUGGGGCUACGAAGUCAGGAGUGGCAGCCGGGAAAAGCAAAGCUCCGGGCUUACUGUCCUGUUGCAAAGGCUGCCAUCCCCGUCUCUCUUUGGAAAUGACAUCGCCGAGGCCCUCUUCACAGCUGAAUAUCAGACAUCCAACCGUCUGCGUUUUAAGAUCACUGAUCCCAAUAACAGGCGCUUUGAAGUCCCCCAUGAAAAUAUUAAGCCGUUUAAUGGCACUGCUGGUACCACCAACUUGAGCUAUCACAUCGCGGUCACUGAUAAACCCUUCAGCAUCAAAAUAAUGAGGACGAGCAACAACAAAGUCUUGUUGGACACGGACAUCGGGCCCCUCCUGUUCGCCGAGCAGUACCUGCAGCUGUCGUUCCGACUGCCCAGCGCCAACGUGUAUGGGCUGGGAGAACACGUGCACCAGCAGUACCGCCACAGCAUGGCCUGGAAGACCUGGCCCAUCUUCACGCGCGAUGCCGCCCCCACCCCGGGCAUGAUUAACCUGUAUGGAGCCCACACGUUCUUCUUGUGCCUUGAAGACACCAGCGGCUCCUCUUUUGGGGUUUUUCUGAUGAACAGUAACGCUCUGGAGGCCGCCCUCCAGCCCGCGCCUGCGAUCACCUACCGCACCAUCGGGGGCAUCCUGGACUUCUAUGUGUUCCUGGGGGACACCCCAGAGCAAGUGGUCCAGGAGUACCUGGAGCUCAUUGGACGACCAUUCUUGCCUUCCUACUGGACUCUUGGGUUCCAGCUUAGUCGCAGGGGCUAUGGUAACAUCGAGGGAUUAAAAGAAGUUGUAAACCGAACUCGGAAAGCUGGGAUCCCGUAUGACGUCCAGUACUCGGACAUAGACUACAUGGAUGGAAAGAAGGACUUCACUAUUGAUGAAAAGGCUUUCCCCGGUCUCUUAAAUUUUUCCAAGGACUUACAUGAGCAUGGACUGAAAUAUGUAAUUAUCAUGAAUCCCAGCAUCUUGGAUGAGUUGAACUACUAUCCGUAUAUGAAUGGAACUAAAAAGAGAGUGUGGGUCUUGGGGGACAAUGGCUUUGUCAUUGGACAGGGGUAUCCUGGAAGGACGGUCUUUCCGGAUUAUACGAAUCCCAUUUGUACUCAGUGGUGGGCACAAGAGUUCCAAAAAUUUAAUGCGUCUCUGGAGUUCGAUGGAGUGUGGAUUGAACUGGAUGAGGUCUCUAACUUGGUCCCAGCUUCUAACCAUAACUGUGAAGACAACAACUUGAACUUUCCUCCGUUCACUCCUCGCGUGCUGGACCGCUCGCUCUUCGCAAGGACCCUCUGCAUGGACGCCGAGUUUCACUGGGGCCUCCACUAUGAUGUGCACAGCUUGUACGGCUACUCCAUGGCAAGAGCCACUGACUCAGCCCUGAACAGUAUCUUCCCCCAAAAGAGGAGCUUCAUCUUGUCCCGUUCUACUUUUGCUGGAUCUGGCAAGUUUGCGGCUCAUUGGCUAGGAGACAAUGCGGCCACCUGGGAUGAUCUCCGCUGGUCCAUCCCUAGUGUCCUUGAGUUCAGCCUCUUCGGCAUCCCCAUGGUAGGCGCCAAUAUCUGUGGUUACACGAAAGAUGUCACAGAGGAGCUCUGCAGAAGGUGGAUGCAGCUUGGAGCAUUUUAUCCACUAUCGAGGAAUCACAAUGGGCCUGGCUUCAGGGACCAGGACCCUGCUGCCUUUGGAGAAGACUCUGUGCUGUUGAGUUCCUCCAGACAUUAUCUGAAUAUCCGCUACACCCUGCUGCCCUAUCUCUACACCCUCUUCUACCGCGCUCAUACCCUGGGGGAGACUGUAGCCAGGCCCCUGGUCCACGAGUUCUACCAGGACCCAGCUACGUGGGAGGUGCACGAGCAGUUCUUAUGGGGGCCCGGCCUCCUCAUCACGCCGGUUUUACAUGAAGGUGCGGACCGCGUGAAAGCGUACAUACCAGAUGCCAUCUGGUACGACUAUGAGACAGGGGUAGCCACCCAAUGGAGGAAACAGCUGGUACAGAUGCUACUGCCCCCUGAUAGGAUAGGACUUCACCUUCGAGGGGGCUACAUAUUUCCCACCCAGGAGCCAAGCACAACCACAAAGGACAGUCGGAAGAAUUCCCUGGGACUCAUUGUUGCCUUGGACCAUAAGCGAGAAGCAAAGGGACAGCUCUACUGGGAUGAUGGCGAAUCGGCAGAUUCUGUAACGACGAAGAAUUACACUCUCUAUGAGUUUUCUGUCACUUCCAACCGUCUACAGGCAAAGGUCACAAAUAAUAAUUAUAAGGACAACAUCACAUUUACAGAUAUCAUAAUCUUGGGAAUGGACAAGCAACCUGCUGAUUUUACUCUCCUUAGUGAUGUUUCCACCUCUAUCUCAAAUGUUAACUACAGCGCGUCAACGAAGGUGGUGAAAAUCACUGAUCUCAAGGGCCUGGAACUGGGACGAGAAUUCUCCAUUGAGUGGAAACUUCCGGUCAGCGACCUGGAGAAGUUCAACUGCUACCCCGAGGAGCCGGGCGCCUCCGAGGAGAAGUGCAGGGAGCGGGGGUGCCUUUGGGAGCACACAACGGUUCCUGGCGUGCCCACCUGUUUCUAUGACACUAUCCCUAAUUAUGCAGCCAGUAACAUCCAGUAUUUGCCCACUGGCGUCAGCAUUGACCUCACACACCUGACAGCCUCCGAGUCCCCGCGAGCAGCAGCGCCGCCACCAUCAGCACGGGGCGCACGCCCUCAGCCCGCGGCAGCCACGACCUCUGACCCUCUCUCUGCAAAGAUCAGCUUCCUGAGGCUCAACGUGACCUACCACACAGAAAGCAUGCUGCAGUUCAAGAUCUAUGAUCCCACUAAUAAAAGGUACGAGGUUCCAGUGCCUCUGAACACCCCUCCAUCUCCUGUUGGCUCCCCGCAAAACCGUCUGUACGAUGUCAAGAUUCAAAGCAACCCUUUUGGGAUCCAGAUUAGACGAAAAGCCUCUGGCACUGUGAUUUGGGAUUCUCAGCUCCCUGGCUUCACCUUCAAUGACAAGUUCCUUUCCAUUUCUACUCGCCUUCCCUCUCAGAACAUCUAUGGCUUUGGGGAAACUGAGCACACAACUUUCAGAAGAAACAUUAGCUGGAACACUUGGGGAAUGUUUGCUCGAGAUGAGCCACCAGCGGACAAGAAGAACUCCUAUGGCGUCCACCCCUACUACCUGGGGCUGGAGGAGGAUGGCCAUGCCCACGGGGUGCUUCUGCUCAACAGCAAUGCCAUGGAUGUGACCGUCCAGCCCACUCCUGCCCUGACGUACCGUACCACGGGAGGGAUUUUGGACUUUUAUGUGGUUUUGGGGCCAACCCCUGAGCUUGUAACCCAGCAGUACACGGAGUUGAUUGGUCGGCCAGCAAUGAUUCCAUACUGGGCCUUGGGAUUCCAGCUGAGUCGCUAUGGAUACCAGAAUGACGCUGAAAUCUCCAGUUUGUAUGAUGCAAUGGUGGCGGCCCAGAUUCCCUAUGAUGUUCAACAUGUAGACAUAGAUUACAUGGACCGGAAGCUGGACUUCACCCUCAGCAGUAACUUUCAAAACCUUGGUCCCCUGAUGGAGCGGAUGAAACAAAACGGCAUGAGAUUCAUCCUCGUUCUGGAUCCAGCCAUUUCUGGCAAUGAGACACAGUAUCUCCCGUUCACCAGAGGGCAGGAAAGCAAUGUAUUCAUCAAAUGGCCUAAUAGCAGUGAUAUUGUCUGGGGAAAGGUUUGGCCAGAUCUGCCCAAUGUGAAGGUGGACACAUCCCUUGACCAUGAAACACAGGUUAAGCUGUUCAGGGCCCACGUCGCCUUUCCUGACUUCCUGCGGAACAGCACCGCCGCGUGGUGGAAGAGGGAAAUAGCAGAGCUGUACACCAACCCCCGGGAGGCGAGGAAGAGCUUGAAGUUCGACGGACUGUGGCUCGAUAUGAACGAGCCAUCGAAUUUUGUGGAUGGAUCUGUCGGGGGCUGCCGCGAUGGAAUUCUUAACAAACCACCUUACAUGCCAUAUCUGGAGUCCAGGGACAGAGGCCUGAGCAGCAAGACCCUGUGCAUGGAGGGCGAGCAGAUCCUGCCCGACGGCUCCCGGGCACGGCACUACGACGUGCACAGCCUCUACGGGUGGUCCCAGACCAGGCCCACAUACGAAGCUGUGCGGGAGGUGACGGGACAGCGAGGGGUCGUCAUCACCCGCUCCACGUUCCCCUCGUCUGGCCGCUGGGGAGGACACUGGCUGGGGGACAACACAGCCGCGUGGGACCAGCUGAAGAAAUCUAUCAUCGGCAUGAUGGAGUUCAGUCUCUUUGGAAUACCUUAUACAGGAGCAGACAUCUGUGGGUACUUGGGAGAUGCCGAGUAUGAGAUGUGUGUGCGCUGGAUGCAGCUGGGGGCCUUUUACCCCUUUUCCAGGAACCACAACACCAUCGGGACGAGGAGACAAGAUCCUGUGGCCUGGAAUUCCACCUUUGAGAUGUAUGCAAGGCAAGUCCUCCAGACAAGGUACAACCUGCUGCCGUACCUCUACACCCUGAUGCACAAGGCCCAUGCGGAGGGCAGCACUGUUGUGCGCCCCCUUCUCCAUGAGUUUAGUGAGGACAAAACAACGUGGGACAUAGACCAUCAGUUCCUGUUGGGCCCUGCUGUCUUAGUCAGCCCUGUGCUGCAGAGGAACACGUUUGAGAUCCAGGCCUAUUUCCCCGCAGCCCGUUGGUACGACUACAGGACGGGAUCUGGCAACGUAUCGGCAGGUGAGUGGAGAACCCUGAAGGCUCCCCUCGACCACAUCAACGUUCACAUCAGAGGAGGCUACGUCUUGCCCUGGCAAGAGGCUGGGAUGAACACCCACUCCAGUCGACGGAAAUUGAUGUCAUUGAUGGUUGCUUUGGAUGACAGUGGGCGAGCUGAGGGCCAGAUGUUCUGGGACGACGGAGAGAGCCUUGAUACCUAUGAAAAUGGAAACUAUUUCUUGGCAAAUUUCACAGCAGCUCAGAACACAUUGCAAAUCCAGACCAUACACAAUAAGUAUUUGAGUAACUCGAAUCCACUGAAAGUUGGAUAUAUUGUAAUCAUGGGGGUCCAGCCUACUUAUGUGACACAAGUCACUGUCACCCAUGACAGCCAGCAUUCCAUGGUGAUGAAUUUCAGCAGUGACCCCUACCAACAGAUACUAUUUAUUCAACUGGGUGACAAGACUAUCAGCCUGGAAAAGUUAACUGAGGUCACUUGGAUUCACGGCGAUCCCAUGGCUUCUACUACACUGAAGACAAGUACCAUCACCCCAGCCACUGCACAUUCUACGUAUUCGACUGAGGCUGCCACUUCUGGGAUGACUGUCACUAGUUUUGCUACUACAAGUACUACUGCUGUUGCCAGUGCUAGUACUGCCCUGCUUAGCACAACCACUUCUUACCUGACAAGUACUACAGAGUUGACACCAGAUACUACUGUUCCUAAUAGUACUACUCCUUUCCCUACAAAUGCUACUACUGCUGAAACCAAUACUACUGUUCCUAAUAGUACUACUCCUUUCCCUACAAAUGCUACUACUGCUGAAACCAGUACUGCCCUGCUUAGCACAACCACUUCCUACCUGACAAAUACUACUGUUCCUAAUAGUACUACUUCUUUCCCUACAAAUGCUACUACUGCUGAAACCAGUACUGCCCUGCUUAGCACACCUACUUCUUACCCAACGAGUACUACAGAAUUUACAUCAGAUACUGCUGUUCCUAAUAAUACUACUCCUUUCCCUACAAUUACUACUGCUGACAGCACUGAGUUUACACCAGAUACUGCUGUUCCUAAUAGUACUACUCCUUUCCCUACAAAUGCUACUACUGCUGAAACCAGUACUGCCCUGCUUAGCACAACCACUUCUUACCUGACAAGUACUACAGAGUUGACACCAGAUACUACUGUUCCUAAUAGUACUACUCCUUUCCCUACAAAUACUACUGCUGCCAGCACUCAAUACAGUGGCAUCUUCUAG